UGAACUUCUGAAGGCGCAUCUCGGCCAAUUAGCCAUCACUUUCCACGUAAUCCAACGAAUCCAAUCCUUCUAUACCACAAACGACGACAGCAACAGCGAACGCAACUGAUUUUACUAACGUGGCGCAUCCAUAGAUUUACUGCGGAAUGAUCUGAAAUACGAAAACCCGUAUGACGGUCGUAGCGGUGCCCCGCCGACUUCACCAUGGACGCGCCGCCAGUCAAGCUCUCGGAGCUCCUCCGACAUCCAGAUGACCUCGACAAGAUCCCCGCGCUGAAGCUGGAAUUCACGCGCAAGAAAGCUGCCGUAGACUCGCAGCUAAGGGGAGGCUUGAGGGAUCAGUUAGAGAUGACACAAACUGGUAUGAAUGGCAUUACCGAUGGCCAAAAGACGUUACAGGCGAUUAGGGACGAAAUGAUGAAGAUCGACAAGCUUUGCUCCGAGUCGCAGGACAUGAUUAAAGACUUUACUAGCAUAAAUUUAGUAUCACAGGCCCACAGGAAUUUUGGUGCAGUAGAACUCAUGGUGGAAAAUCUCCAGACAUUUAACGAUCGCCUUAAUAGGGUUGAGAGUAUGUUGAGAGAAGACGAGGAAGACAAGGAGAAUAUGCCAAAUCUCCUUUCAGUUCAUUACGAAUUAACGCAGCUACGAAAUAUUCGAGACGAUGCUAUGGAACAGAUACGACGAGCCGACGACCCUAGCCUACAAUCCACACUAGAAAACUACUUUUCGAGGCUAGACGACGCAAUAGACUGGUUCGACGAGCACGUCGGUCUCAUUGCGUUAAACAUGAUCAACCUCCUGAUUGCCGAUAACAAUAGCCUCGUGGUCCGCCUAGCAAUCAUCGUCGAGGCCGAGGAGAAAAGCGAUCAAAGAGUCGAAGCUCUACAGGAAGCAUUGAAGGACCACAAGGAAAUGGCAACGCGAUUCCAAAGUAUUACGGAUGGCGCCAAGAAAGUCCGAGGAUAUAAGGAGAAAUUCCUAAAGGCGAUUUCUGUCAAUUGCGAAGGACAGUUUGCCGAAGCUAGGGGGGAGUUCCUGGAUGAUCCCACAAAGUUAGACAAAAUAAUGAAGUGGUUCUUCAACGAUCUCAACGCCGUUAAGCAAGGAAUGGUACCCUUGAUGCCCAAGAAAUGGAAGAUACUCAAGACUUACGGUGAUAUAUAUCACCAACUAAUGCACGACUUCCUAGUCGGCAUGAUAGACGACCCCGAAUCGAGCUCGGCAAACACGCUCGAGAUCAUCAACUGGCCCGAGAAGUACUACAAGAAGAUGCGGAAACUCGGUUUCUCGGAGAGCGAUCUCAGACCCCACGUAAUCGACAACCGGGAGCAAGAGUUGGUCAAGGACUUCCGCCAGCUCAUCAUCAAAUUCCUCGACGAGUGGAUCGAGCGGAUUUUCGCGCAGGAGAGGCGCGACUUUGCGGACCGAAACGUGGAGGGCUCGAACUUGGAUACGGAUGAGUAUGGCUAUUUCCGAACCAAGAAUCUGGUCGAUAUGUGGCGUAUGUUACGGGAACAGGUCGAUGCGGCUGCAAACUCGCAGAGAACAGAUGUCGCCGAGGGUGUUAUUGACGCCAUGUUCCUCCGGCUGCGCGGCCGCCAGCAGUCUUUCCAGAAGAUGCUCGAGGAGGAAGCGGCAAUAUACGAAGCAGACAAGAUACCCGAGUUAGAGGGUUUCCAGGCAUUACAGGAUUGGCUCAUUGCGACGGCCAACGACCAGAUGGCGUGUAUCGACGAUAACGAAGAAGAGGGCCGCCUUGCCUACCUUUCGAGCUUCAAGCAGAAGUUCGAACCGCUAGUCACGCCGCAAUACAUGGAGCGUGCCGAUAACGAGAUCGCUUCGCUUAGCGAGAGCUACAUCGACCUAAGUACCUGGUGUCUUAACAAAUUCGCGCAGCUCGUCAUAUCAGUCGACUUCAAGAACGUGAUGCCGACAUUCUUCACGCCGCGAUGGUACGAGACGACCACGAUGAAACAAAUGAUAAUCACAAUCGAAGAGUACAUCGGCGACUAUCAACAAGUGCUGCACCACUCCCUCGUCGACGUCUUCAUCCAAAUCCUAGCCGACGAGCUCCUAGCGCAGUACCUAAUGAGCGUUCGCAACAAGGGCGCCAAAUUCCGACGAACAGACCCCUUCCAAGACAAGCUCUUCAACGACGUGUCCACGGCCUUCGAGUACUUCCGCUCCCUCCCCAACGCGGACCUAAGCAACGACAUCACGCAGAGCUGGCGCGUAACUGAGGACUUCUUAGGACUACUCACCGCCCCGAAGGAGAGCGUGCCGGACGUGUUCCAGGACUUCAAGACCAAGUAUUGGGACCUCCAGAUCACGUGGGUCGAGGCGGUGCUCAGGUCCCGCGAUGACUUUGAGAGGGGCAUGUUGAAUGCGGUCAAGGCGCGCGCGGCGCAGAUGGAUGUCGUUAGGGGCGCGGAGACUAUUAUGGGCAAGGUUAAGUAAGGUUAACUAAGUUAAGUUGGUAGAUACUUAACCUAGGUAGGUAGAUACAUAUAUGAUAAAAUGAGAUGAAAUACCUAGGCUGGGGGGUGUAUGGUUGUAUGAAUGUCUGAGUGUUGUAAUGAUUAAUAAAACACAAUAGGAUUUUAUAAUCUCAGACUAUUUGGUUGACUACAUAUACUAUUCAGCAAUUUUUAUUGCUUCUCUAAGUUGUCCAUGGCUGGCCAUUUUCUUAGUGGUAGCUCUCAUGAUUCUACAUAGUGAAGGGCCCUUUGCGUAUAUUCUGAAUCCAAGUCUUGUUGGCUCCGAAUCUUUAUGUUCUGCGGCCAGAUUUCUUAUGGUGGGAUGAUACUCCAUGUACUAACACGGCGGUUUUAACACAUUGUAGAUUCA